UCUUGUUUAGUUUUCUUAUCUUUAAUUGAGUAUCAUGGAAACAGAAGCAAGAACAAAAAUUUUGUCUAUAUCAAUUGAUCAUAGUGACACUAUUCGUGAAGUGAAUGAUGUUUCAGAACUUAAAAGUAUGCAUAUGAGUGAUGCUUCUUCUAUUAACAGUUCAUCAGUGAAAAUGUUGGAGAAUGACAUUAUGGGUUAUUCAGGUUUACCUUGUGGUGUUGUGAUAAAUAAUCAAUCAUCUAAUUCAAAACCUAUCAGUUCUGAUAUUUUAAACAGUGUUAUUGGUGGUAGCUGUGUAGGAAACAAAAGUGUUUGUUUAUCAGGGUCUGGAAAUACGAAAACUCCCCUCGAUUCUGCCAAUGCCAGUGGUGAUCCUUCUAAACGUAAGAGAAUGCACCAUGAUUACAAAAAGCUGUCAAAAUCUGGCUAUGUUGAUGAUAAAACCAAGUGGUUUGCACAUUCUUCUGAUGCAGGGAAUUUUGCCUCCAAAAACAAACCAGUGGGGUCUACUCAAACUGACCAUAAAAGUUCUGGAGAUGAGAAAAGUCCACAAGAUCCGAAAAAGGUUGUAAAAAUUAUCAAAGUGAAAAAAGGACACAAAGAAAGAGACAAAGAAGGACAGGAAAAUAUUUCAUCAGAUAUACCCAAUGAAAAGCAUGUUAAGGAAUCUCAAACACUUUUGCCAAAUAAUGAAGAAAACAGGCCAAAAACAAAAGUAGGACAGCUAUACAAUGUGUGGGUAGAUUCAGACAGUGGCGUUUGUAUUCAUCCGUACCAGAAUAACUCUUCUCUCAAUCAAACAAACUCGAGUGAAGUUAAAGAGAAAUCUACAGAUAGUGAAAAGUCCUUGGAUGUAAAAGAAAAACAGGAGGAAAAAAAUUGUGAGGGUAAAGAGGAGGUGAAUAAUUGCAAGGACAAGCACGUAGAAACCAAACAAAAUGAAAAUGGUGAGAUGUCUGUUGAAAGUAGGGAUAAAUCUAAUGCUAGGGAUAAGAAAACGGAAAGCAGGGAUAAAAGUAGUGAAAACAGGGACAAAUCUGGACACAGGGAUAGGUUAAAAGAAAAAGUUAAAGAAUCAAACUCUAUUGCAUCCCACAGUUCAUCUUUAGAAUCUCCUAAAGUAGAGAGUCUAAAGACGUUCAUUAAAGUAUCGAAAGAACAUUCAGAUUCAGAUAAAUCCCACAUUAAUAAAAAACCUGCAACAACAACAGAAAAUCCAACAAAAUCUAUACCUGAAGCUACAAAUGACCAUAAGAGUAAAAAAUCUGGAAACGAUUCUUCUUCAAAUAAAUCCCAUAAAUUACCAUCAUCUGUUCCUAGCGCCUUUGAAUCUAAUUUAAUGCAGAUGUACAGCUCAGUUCGAGCACUGAAGGAAGCUGGGAGGCCUACGGCAAACACCGUGAACGGAACGAGGGAGGAGAAGGAGUCAAAAAACCACUGCUUAGAAUCCCACAGCUCCAGUUCUAGUCAACCGAGACGCAGUGAGAGUUCUGACAAACAUCACAGCAGCAGUAGGAACAAAGAAUCAAGUCAUAGGUCGAAACAUCAUGACCAUAGACACGACCGGGACCGCAACCGUGACCGAGACAAUAAAAGCAGAACACAUAGGGAUUCAUCCUCCUCUCAUAAAUACUCUUGCUCUCGAUGUCACAAGAGAAGUAAAAUAAAGAGAGCAAGCAUAGGUGUUCAGUGCCGCAGAGAUAAGACGUUUGAAAAGUUUGUCUCCAGGAGUGGCCGACCUGAGAGUUGUGCGCCCAUGCCGAGACCCGUGCCACUCUCCCACAUCAAGGGAGAACCACUCAAGUACGGCCACAUGAUCCGAGUUGAAACCUACCCCAACGGCGGGGCAUCUGUUGUUCAUCUAUAUCAGGAUGAAAUACAAAAUCUGUCUCCUCUAGAAAUGGACGAGUUGGUGGCUGAAUACUUUAAGAUUGUUUUUGGUGAAGAUUCAAAUGGAAGUGCAUAUCACGUGAUGGGAAUAGUUCAUGACGCAGCUAGAUACCUUCCUGAUCUCUUAGACUACAUGGCAGAACAUUACCCUUCCCUUACUGUCAAAAAUGGAGUUUUAGGCCGCAGUUCUGACAUCGAGACAACUACAAUGACACAAUACAAGGAUCAGGUUUUCCGACACUAUGCGAAUGGUACUGUGAGACAUGGACCCUUACACCAGAUUAGUCUUGUGGGAACCGUGCAUGAGGAAGUUGGAGGAUUUUUCCCAGAUCUUUUGGCUCGACUUGAAGCAAAUCCUUUCCUCAAAGAGACAAUGCCUUGGGGUCCUCUCUCAGUUGUUCAGAUGGAAACUCCACAAGAAUCUAACGAUGGACCAAUUUUGUGGAUAAGACCUGGUGAACAGCUUGUCCCCACUGCUGAAAUUGGAAAGUCGCCGAUGAAACGGAAAAGGACGGGUAUAAAUGAGUUGAGGAAUCUGCAGUAUCUACCCAGGUUGUCUGAGGCCAGAGAAUACAUGUUUGAAGAUCGAACUAAAGCUCACGCGGAUCAUGUUGGUCACGGACUCGACCGAAUGACCACAGCUGCUGUUGGUGUGCUGAAAGCAGUCAAUGGUGGAGAGGAAUAUGACUACAAUAGAAUAACUAAGGAUGUAGUCGCCUUUCAUGCUGCAGACUUCCAUGAACUUGUGGAAAAACUCCAGUUGGACCUGCAUGAACCUCCUAUUUCACAGUGUGUGCAAUGGAUCGAAGAUGCCAAAUUGAAUCAACUCCGCAGAGAAGGUAUCAGAUACGCACGCAUACAGCUCUGCGACAAUGAUAUUUACUUUUUGCCACGCAACAUUAUUCACCAGUUUCGCACUGUUUCUGCGGUAACUAGUAUUGCUUGGCAUGUUCGUCUUAAUCAGUACUACCCGUCAGGCACAGAGGGAAUCAAACAUUCAAGAAUUGUCUCGGGCCUAACUACUCAGCAACUGUAUAAGGAGAAAAAGCCAGUGACACACAGCGGGCUACCAGGUGUUGUGGUGACACAACCACAGCCGCACACACCACGCAAACACGACCACAAACGCAAGAACAGCAGAAGUGAGAAGGACAGAGACAGGAAGAGGAUAAAGGUGGAGUCUGACCGUGAGGAGACAGUGAUAAAAGAAGAGAUCAAACCUGACGAGAAAGAAAAUUCUCCAAGAGAUGCGGAACCUCAACCGAUGAAGGCUGUUGUCAACCUAAACAAGCAGUUUUCUGAGGUAGAGCCUUCAACGGAUCAAUUCAACAAGGAUGAAGAAGCUGUGAAUAUUGAUGUUAACGAAACUGUAAAUGAUCUUCCUACAGUUACACAUCAUCCCACAGAAAAUGCAGAAAUCAAAGAGGAGUCUCCCUAAGCCAAUGUUAUUAUUAUGAUCGUAGCUCUCUGUCUUUUGACAUUUAGGUAGAGAAUUCCGAGAAUCUAAAAAUAAAUAUUUUGUGUUAUGUUUUAGUAUUGAUGUUUUGUAUACGCUGUUAAGGAUAUAUUUUAUAUAUUUUUAAUUGUCUAUUGUUUAUCCAUGUUGUUACAACAUUAUUUGUUUGUGUGUUAAAUUAUAAUUGUUUUAAAUCGAUGUAAAUAUUUAUUAAGUGAAAAUCAGCUAACUGAUGAUUUAACCCGUAGAUAUUAUUUAAAUACAAGUUCAUUUUAAAUAUUAUUUUUUUGCAUGAAGUGCAUGUAGAAAUCUUUAUAUUUACAUUGUUCCUUAUUUUGUGUAGAU